AAAAAGGACACUGUAAAAUGGAAAAUAAAAAUACACAGUAAGUUGAAAGAUGAUCUAUAUUGGCUUCGCCCCUUCUUUUCUGGUAAGUUUAAGUCAAAUCGCAAUUAAGUAAAGAUAUUCACGUUUGUGCUGUACUGACCUAAAGACUUGUGUUUGUGCAUCUUUUUACAAUUGAAUCUUGGUUCUCUGUUGCAGUGAGCCAGCCAGGAAGCUGUCAAUUUCCAUUCCCCAUGUCAGUCUCCCAGAUCACCCAAUCUCUGUAUCUGAGUGGUGUGGAUGCAAUCUUCAUGUCCACCAGUCUCUCCAGGAGGAACAUAACUCCGAUAGUCAAUGUCACAGCAGAGCACCCCUGUCCUCUGUAUGAGGGGGAGUGUCUCCAGGUACCCAUCCUGGACCAGCCUCACGCCCUCUUGGCCUGCCACUUACUGCUGUCGCAGUGUAUCCAUAACAACCGGGCUCCCGAGUGGGGCAGCGGUCUAAGGCACUGCAUUUCAGUGCUUGAGCCGUCACUACAGACCCCCGGUUUGAUUCCAGGCUGUAUCACAACCGGCCGUGAUUGGGAGUCCCAUAGGGCGGCGCACAAUUUCCCCAGCGUCGUCCGGGUUUGGCUGGUGUGGGCCGUCAUUGUAAAUAAGAAUUUGUUCUUAACUGACUUGCCUAGUGAAAUAAAGGUAAAAUAAAAUAAAAAAUCCCUGGACGGACAGGAGGCGGCUCUUUACUGUGUGAGUGGUUUAUGGAUAUGUGUCCCAAAUGGCACCCUAUUCCUUAUAUAGUGCACUACUUUUGACCAGGGCCUAAAGGGAAUAGGCUGCCAUUUGGGACAGAACGAUGGCUUGUCAGUUGGCUUUCUUCAAUGUCUGAGAAAAUAAUGAGUGCAAGUAGACCCGAUUGACAUGUCCUAA